AGAGUGUGCAUAAAUACGCGGUCACAGACAGCGGGCCACGUACGCACGCACGUAGCCAGCAGCGUGUAACUGCAGAUCCCUAGCGUGAUCACACGUCAGCAUCCCUACUAUUACUCAAAGGAGCGAAGACUUAUACAUGGACGACGCCACCCACGUGACGCGCCCGCACUGAGUCUACUGCUGUUGUCCAUCGAUGGAUGCCGGACAGACCGAUUGGCAAGAGCGUAACCGCAGGACGCCCGGCCAGGGCAGGAUGAGGAGGCAGAGGAGCAAAGAGUUUAGUCGUCAUGACGACAGCUCGUCGGGUGAUGAUAACAAUGGUCGUUUCAGUCCGGAGGACGUUAGAGCGAGAAAUCCUAGGAACGUACAGACAAUGAACGAAUACAUAGAUCCGUCCACAGUUGAUAGGAAGUCUCCGCUGACCCCGGCUAGUCCGCUGAUGAACCAGCCAAAGCUGCCGCCAGUGCUGCCACCUAGGAACCCCGGUGCGCCACGCACGACGCCCCGACACAUGGCAUCUAGCAGCGACCACUCUGGUACGCUGCACGACACGGACAGCGGCGGCAGCGCGGCGUCCUUUGAGCCGGCACUGCUCGUGAAAACCAGCUCCGGCAACAUACACUUCCCUCCAGACAUAUCGAAGCAGCCGCUGAGUCCCGGGCAGAACGAGCAAAUGCUAGCCAAUCAUCUGCCUCCCUCUCCUCACGUGAUGUCACUGAACACCCACGGUCAACUGGGACACCAAGACAUAGAUAGGCCACCGUACUUUCCUGGUGCUACAUUGACCAAUUCCGUGCCACUGUCCGCCUUCUCUGUGCCCGUGCGCAACAAUCUGAGACAGGUGAACCACGGCCAAAACCGACUGUCGACGGGCAGCUACAGGUUCAAGAAGCAGCGGAAAUGCUCUUGGAAGUGCACAGCUAUCAUCUUCAUCAUCCUGUCUGUGGUGCUACUCGCUGUAGUCUGCUACCUUGGCGCUAUGAUGGCCAUUAACGUGAACUGGAUCCUCGAGGGCGGCCCGACGGAAUCGGAGUUCGACAGCAGCGCCGCCGGUGGCGGUUACGUGAAGGACAACAGCGGAGAGUCAGGUUUCCCGGGAGACGGGCUGGCUAGACCGGUCACCCCACAGACAAGAUACAUUCCUACGAUGGCUACAGGUGGCGCGUCGGACGUGACGGUGGUGUUCCAGCUGGGCAAUCAUCUCACUCAGCAAGUACCGGCUAACGGCUGGCUGAAGACACAGUUCCAACUCAACGAGAACACCUACGUGAAGUUCAACUUCACUCUGCCCAAGGAAGCCAAGAUGGCCGUCUACGCGAGACGUCACAAGCGUCCCACGCACACGCAGUACGAUUUCGUGGAGUUAAUGGACGGCGACAGACUAGCCGGCAGAGUGACGCGAUCCCAGAGGUUCGAGCGGUCGGCAGAGCGCAUAGUGAGCGGCGCGUUCAUGCAGUACCUCGAGCGAGGCAUGUGGUUCCUAUACAUCUACAACGACGGCAACGACAAGCAAUCUGUGACCUUCAUGAGCACCAGAGAUGACUCGAUGGAUUCAGGCUGUCCGGGUGACUGUAGUGGGCGUGGCGAGUGCGACAAAGGCGAAUGUAUCUGCUUCAGUGGAUACGCGGGACCCGACUGUUCACAGAGCGUCUGUCCCGUACUGUGCAGCUCUAACGGGGUCUACCACCGUGGCGAGUGCAAGUGUCACCCAGGCUGGAAGGGCGUGGAAUGCGACAUCCCGUCUAACCAGUGCGCAGAUCCCAUGUGUAGCGGCAGAGGGCGAUGCAUCGACGGAACCUGUAUUUGUCUCAACGGAUACAAGGGAGAAAACUGCUCAGAAGUUGACUGCCCCUCACCUGACUGCACCGGCCAUGGCAUGUGUGCAAACGGCACUUGUUUGUGUUACCGUGGUUACCGCGGCGACGAUUGCGGUGUCGUUGACACUGCGGCAAUGUGCAAGAAGGAGUGCUCCAAUCACGGCACCUACAGGGAAGACCUUGACAUCUGUAUUUGCGAUCCAAACUGGACGGGUGCCGACUGCUCAGAAGAGCGUUGCGCAGUGGACUGCGGUCAACACGGCGUGUGUCAGAACGGUCGCUGUCAGUGCGACAGUGGCUGGACAGCGCCGGAGUGCGACGUGCGCACGUGCGACCCGCGCUGCCUGCACCACGGCACAUGCGACAACGGAACCUGCACCUGUCACCCGGGUUGGAACGGCAAUCACUGCCUGCUAGACGGCUGCCCAGCCGGCUGCAGCGGCCACGGUACGUGCAAGCAGGAGAAUGAUCAAUGGGAGUGUGGCUGCUUCACCUCGUGGGCUGGCAUUGGCUGCAGCAUUCCGCAGGAAAUGGAGUGCAAUGACAGGGUUGACAACGACAACGACGGUCUGACGGACUUUGUGAGGAUGCGGUGCUGCAGUGAGACGGCAUCUCGCGAAAGCCGCGCAGCUGUGUCAAGGACCAGCCACGGGGCAAGACCGAUGGAUCGAAGAGUGCGUGGCAGGACAGCAAGUAGCGAGAGUGGCAGAGCGCACAGUGUUGAGAGCUCGAGUCUAGUAGCCGCGUUCAUGCCUACGGGCUUCGGAUCCACAUCGAGUCCAGGCAUCCUUCUCGCCGUAAGGUACGAUCUCCUCGUGAACGGCGGAGGCACCAUCAUCCUCCAGUUCCAGCGCACGCCCUACCAGACCGCCGACACGGCCGUCAUGGUGCCCUGGAACCAGAUCGUCACAGUCGACGCCGUCGUCCUGACGCCGACGUCGGCAGCGCCGCCCGCGCUCGUCGCCGAGCACGCGGGCGAGCGCUGUCCCGUGCACGACUUCCACGUGAUGAAGCCGGUCGUCGUGUCGACGUGGCAGAUGUCGCAUCGCGGCGGCUGCGCGACCGAGCGCGCCGUGCUCGCCGAGUCGCAGGUGCUGCAGGAGCGCGUGCCAAUCCCAGGUACGCGGCUCAACCUCGUCUACCACAGCAGCAAGAUGUCCGGUUACCUGUCGACGCUCAUCAUGAAGCUGACGCCGCCGACGCUACCGGAGACGCUGCAGACGGUCGUGGUGAGGGUGGAGGUGGAAGGUGUAAAGUAUGAGACCACACUAGAAGCAGAGCCAUCGCUGAAGUUCACUUAUGCCUGGAACCGUAGAAACAUCUACCGACAGAGAGUGUACGGAAUAGUGACGGCCAGAGUAAGCGUUGGCUACAAGUACGGCGACUGCAACGAGGUGUUCUGGGACACACAGACGACAAGUCUGAGCGGCUACGACAUCGAGAUAUCAGAGAUAGGCGAGUGGGACCUGGACGUACACCACAGAUACAACGUCAGAGAGGGCAUCCUGCACAUGGGCGACGGCACGAACGUCUACCUGAAGGAUCAGCCGCCGACUAUUCACACGAUGGUCGGUACGGGGCAGCGACGCAGCCUCGACUGCAGCUCCGGAUGUUCCGGCUCGAUGCACGAGACGACGAUGAUGGCGCCGACAGCGCUGGCGAGCGGCGCCGACGGCAGCAUCUACGUCGGCGACUUCAACCUGGUGCGUCGCAUCACGCCCGACGGUCAAGUGUUCACCAUACUCGAGCUGAGCACGGACAGCCUGCCGUACAACUACUACCUGGCCGUGCAUCCGAUCACCGGCGAGCUGUACCUGUCCAACCCGCAGACGCGCACCAUCAUCAAGAUCAAGUCGCUGCGCAGCAUCCGCAACGUGCGCGAGAACUUCGAGGUGGCCGUCGGCGACAAGAUGCAGUGUCUGCCUGGCGACAAGGAGGAGUGCGGCGACGGCGGGCUGGCUAUCAACGCCAAACUCAGCCGACCGAAAGGUUUGGCCUUCGACAAGAACGGUAACAUGUACUUUGCGGACGGCAUGACGAUCCGCAUGGUGAACAAGACUGAGCACAUCAACACGAUCGUCGGCAAGCGACAGUACUCCGGCAGCUGGAACCGCGUGCCCUGCAGCGGGCCCAUCACGUUCAGCGAGGUUCAAUUCCAGUGGCCGACCAAAGUCGCCGUGAACCCGAUCGACCGCAGCGUGUACAUCACGGACGAGAACACCGUGUACAUGCUCACGCCAGACGGCUACGUAAAGAUCGUCGCCGGCACGCCGCUGCACUGUCAGUCGGAGGAGCAUCAGCUGCCGACGAGCGGACAGGCGGACCGCAUCGUGCUCGCACCGAUCCGCGACAUGGCCUUCUCGCCCGCUGGCGACCUCUACAUCGCCGAGACCGACGACCAGUUCGUGCACCAGAUCAGAAAGGUGUCGACGGAUGGAAAGAUCUCCGUGUUCGCCGGCGGCCGCUCGCGCUGCAACUGUCAGGACACGACGUGCAUGUGUUACAACAUGGCCGACGCGAGCGCGCUCAACGCUGCAAUCAACACGCCCAGCGCCAUCACCAUUACUCCCGACUCCAGCGUGCACGUAGCCGACCUCGGUAACCUGAGGAUACGCUCCAUCGCUACGACCAUACCAGCGCCGAACAAGAACCAGCUGUACGAGGUCUAUCACCCGGAGACGCAGGAGAUCUACGUAUUCAAUCGCUUCGGGCAGCAUUACUUCACGAAGAACAUCAUGACUGGCAAGGCGUUAUACGUGUUCACCUACAACGUCAACUCCAGCUACGGCAAGCUGAGCAGGGUCACCGACAGCGGGCAGAAUAAGGUGUCCAUAUACCGAGACUACAGCGGCACGGUGAACAGCAUCGAGACGUCUAACGGGCAGCGGCUAGAGCUCGCACUCUCGCACAUGGGCUACCUGAGCACUAUCAAGGUCGGCAAGACGACGAUGGAGUUUACCUAUGAUGGCAACACGGGCCUGCUGACGGCCAAGUUCAGCUCUAACGGAGAGGUGUACUUCUACAAGCACGACGAGAAUGGGCGUCUCAGCGAGGUGGUGCUGCCAACAGGAAAGCGGAUUGUGCUGGAAAGUGACCUGGACAGACGUGGCUCGAUAGUAACGCUGAAGAGGGACGAUGAGGUGUCUGAAACAAUCAUCCUUGGCCCCAACAGCCUGGAGAAAACACAGGGAAUACACGAGAGCAGAGUAGUGCUGCUUGAAGAUCACUCCGUCGUCAUGGAGACGCCGGGUAGCAUCACAGUCACCAUGGAAAUGGGAAGCCACCCACUAAUGGACAAUCAGUAUUCGGUUCCGGUCAAAAAGAAGGUGACGAUUGGACACGAUCAGCACAACCGGAUCGAAUGGCGUUACUACCUGCGCAGAGAUGCCAAGGGUUCCAGUCAGGACGUGGGGCAGAUUGGCCGUAGACUCAAGCAAAAUGGCGACAGCAUGCUAACGGUGGAGUUCGAUCGCGAGACGGGCAACGAGACACUGUUCAACAAGGAGCAGGAGCAGUUGCUGACGAUCAAGUACAACCAGGCUGGCCAGCCCGUGUCUCUGCUGCCGACGCAUGCAGACUGGGAGCCUGUAAUCCUCUCCUACAACUCUGCGGGGCGGCUCGAGGAGUGGCGGCACGGCAACGUCUACGAGGAGUACAACUACGACCGCACGGGUCGUCUGCUGCUGGUGCGCUACAGCGGCAAUGAAGAACUCGCCUACACCUACGGCGACAACGUGCAGCCCGUCAAGGUCACGCUACCUGGCGGCGAGCUGUACAGCAUCAGCUACGACCGCGAGGGCAACCUGCGUCAGGUCACCAUGCCAACGCGCGCCGUGCACAGCUACCAGCUGCUCUACUCGCUCGGCUACGUGCGCAAGCUCUACACGGCACCGCAGUCCGACGUCGCUUUCAUACAGGACUACGACAGCGACGGUCGGCUGCUUCGCACCGUCUACCCGAGCAACCAGCGCCGCUACGUGCAUCGCUACGACGACCACGGCUGGCUGGCCGAGAUCGCAUUCGACAGCACGGUGAUUAAGUACGACUACGACGAGCGCACGGGCCUGCUGAAGUCCGUGCAUCAGAUGAGUCAGGAGUUCGACGCGAUGACCGACUACCAGCACGUCGGGCUGCUGACGACCGAGAUGGUGUACAGGUGAGAGCGGUGGUGGGUAAAGCGAGGAACGUCGGUGACGCUUGUCUCAUGCUGGGUGGUGUGUACGACUGGCCCGUUAUCACAUAGCGACGAUU